GGCGUGCUUGUGGACUACCUGUUGCGCUACAAGGCCAAGCUGAUGAUGCAUCAGAAGGUGGCGAAGAAAGGAGGCAAGACGCACGAGGUUGAAGCGCUCAGCAAGUUACUCAACGCCAUGUCGCUGAACGACUGGCAGGGCUUCGAGUAUGCUGGCCAGCACAUCUCGAUCGAGAAGCUGACGACGGACAUUAUGACCGCCGUGACGAAGGAGGCCAAGCAGACCGGGAUCUGGAAGAGCAUGAAAGUCAAAGGGGAAGGAGGCAGCGCUUCCUCGCUCGCCGUGAUGCGCGCCCGGGCCCUGCAGAUCCGCGAGUGGAAGAAGGAGGAGGCGUGCUUGCGAGCAGACGUCGACAACUUCAUCCUGCGGUACAAUCUGCUCCACAACAAGGCGGUGGACAUGCGAGAGGACAUGUGGGAGCGCAAGGCGCGUCUGGAAGAAUUCUUUGCCGACUUCCACAGCAAGAAGGAGAGGCCCCUGGACUUCGAGGUGCUCGCGCAGGUCGGAAGCAUCCAGACGUGGAGCUCCACCGUGAGCAGAAGCGCCCUGACCACCGCCAACAACGAGCGCAGGGCCUCGGGGUCCAGCGGGGCGGGCUCGCCCAGGCUGGGCGACGCCUCGCCAACCGCCGCGGGCACCCCCGCGGCAGCGAUAGCGGCAGGGGCCGUCAAGGCCGAGCCGUCGGAGCGCUCCCCGCGCCAGCCGCGGCCGCCAGGCAGCCAGGAGGGCGGCGAGGCAGCACGCCCGCCGCAGCCCAGCAGCCCAGCGGGCGAGCGAUUCCCCAGGCCGCCGCAGGGCGCCCCGUCCCUGCACGUGCGGAGGC